AUGGCAGCUCAGGGGCGCUCGCUCGCCCCCCCCUCCCCCAGUUCUGCUCUUUGCCCUCAUGGCGUCUCGUCCCGCGUGACUGGUCUGAGCACGGCGGGUGAAUCCUUGUGGUCAAACUCGGCGGUGAAGGCGGGCAGGCCCGGCUUGAAUUGCGCAC